AUGGUUCAUCAAUAUUUUGUCAAACCUCAAACGACUAAAAAAAAAUCAGAGAAUUAUGAAUCAUUGUCAGUUGAUGAUUCGGACCCAAUAUACAUCAACACUACUGAUACUGUCACACUUUCAUUUGCAACUAACACCAGAUAUAUUAAUUCUCAGAAAGGAAUGGUUGGAUUUGUUGACGCAACCCCAAGCACAGUGGAUGGUUUACUUGAACCAUUUCUAGAGUGCUCAUUUCUUAAAGAAAACUAUGAUCUAAUCAAAGACAAUGAUGACGUUCUUUUCUAUUCAUAUUGUAUUCGCCAAAAAGCUGAAAAUAAAAAUGGUGGGAAACGUGUAACUUACAAGAAGGCCAACGAUUUCAUUGUGGAGCAUUUUGCAAAUAAUAUCACAUCAUUAAAUUUCCUAUUCAGUCCAGAACUCAGAAAUUAUCUUACAAGGGUUACAGAUGACUCAGAAAAAGAUCAACAUUACAAAUGUUAUGAAGAAUUUCACAAAAUGGUUGUUUAUGUCCACAAGUUAAACAAUGACUGCCCUAAAAAGUUCAGAUCCCAUCUAGUCAAUCUAUUCACCAGAAACAAAUUCAGUGGCAAAAGUCAAGUAUUGAUGAACAAGUACAAUAAUAUAGUUAUGUAUAUUAAUCAACAUGGACUCAAAACCACUGCAUCUAUACCAAACCCAACUCCAUCUGAAAAUGGUAACACGCCAAAAUUAACUCCAUCGCAAACUGUUGAUGAAGAGACUGAUGAGGAAACCGAAGAUGAAGAUAGAAUUCAAGAAGAAAAUUAUGGUAGCAAAACAUCAAAUUGUAAGCAAUCAAGUCAAAGCUCUCAUUCCACAACUAAAAAGAGUGUUCUAUCCAAUUUCAAAAUUGGUUAUCAAGCUCCAGAGCCAAAUCGAGUUUACUAG